UUUGCCGCGCUGUCUCCCGCGUCUUUCACAUACAACGCAUAUCGAUAUUGUAUAUAUAAAUAUAAAUACAUUCUCAUUCUUUCAAAUUCCUCAUAUCUCCAUUACCAAUUCUCAACCAACAUUCCAAUAAGAACAAGGAGGAGAAAGAAAGAAAGAAAGAAUGGGAGGGAUAUCGGAUCACGAUAUUCCGGAGCUCAGCCUCCGACUCGGCAGCGGCAGCGGCAGCAGCGACAACAACGAUAACAACUGUGUCAAAACUAGCAGGGAGAAGAGAUGGUCUCGCGAAAACAAAGUCGGAUAUCGGCAGUCGUCGCUGCCGCAGCAGCAGCAGCAGCAGCAGCAGCAGCAGCAACAGCAGCAGCAGCGGGCGGAGAAUAAGAUCACGAUCUUCUACGACGGCCAGAUUUGCGUCUGCGACGUGACGGAGAUUCAGGUUUGCCCAUCCAUCCAGUUUCAGCUAGCUAUAUAUGUUUACUUCUCUCUUUUUUUUUCAAUAUUUGUUUUAUAUAUAUAUAUAUAUAUCUUGUGUUGCCACACAUAUAAUUGGAAAAUAAAGAAAAAGGGGAAAAAAAAAUCCUCACUUAAUCCUUUGUAUAGCACAUUUAAACCUUUUGAACACUGUAUUGGGAUGUUUAUUUAGGGGAUUCAUGUAGGGAUCUAACUAAUGAAAUAUUAUAAAUGCUCAUCAAUAAUUGUGGGAGAAUAUUGAAUCCACAGUGUUUGAGGUAUCUAUAGUACUAUUAUAUCUAUUAAUAUGUUGAUCUGUACCGUACAAAUUAAUCUAUAUGUAACACAUUAAUACAUUUCAUGUGAAACUUGGAGAAUAUCUUAUUCAUCAAAAUUUUUUUUUUUUUUUUGUAAAUCGCGUAUUCUUUUUUUUUCUAAAAAAAAAAAAUUGUCUACAAGGUGCAUACUAAGUAAAAGGAUAAAUAGAAUAAGGACAGGUGGCGGUUGGCGAUUGGCCAAUGGCUGAUUUUGAAGUUUUCUUAGUGAUUAAUUAAAGAAUUAGUAAACCUGCCAACGUGGACAUAUUCCGACCACUCUCCACCUUCUUUCUUUAUCACCUCCAAAAAAAAAAAAAUAAUAAAAA